CUCGACCCACACAACUCACACGCUACCUCGACCACACAACUCACACGCCUACCUCGAUCCACACAACUCACACGCCUACCUCCACCCUCGCAAUUCACACGUCUACCUCGACCCCCGCAAUUCACACGUCUACCUCGACACACACAACUCACACGCCUACCUCGACCCCCGCAAUUCACACGUCUACCUCGACACCCGCAAUUCACACGUCUACCUCGACCCCCGCAAUUCACACGUCUACCUCGACCCCCGCAAUUCACACGUCUACCUCGACACACACAACUCACGUGUCUAGCUCGGCUUCAACCCUAAUCCCCAUUAAUACUUCCUCGCCAUAUCAGUCUAAAUCGACUUCUACCACAGUCACGACCUCCUUGCCUCAAGUAUCCACCUCGUCUACAAGCAACAGGCCUACAACACCGCCUGCUACAGCAACCAUGUCCCAUGGUCACCUCGCAACAUUGUACAAGGAGGAUGUGACGUCAGCCGUGCCCCAGGCUAACCUCACAUUGUACAAGGAGGAUGUGACGUCAGCCGUGCCCCAGGCUAACCUCACAUUGUACAAGGAGGAUGUGACGUCAAUCAUGCCCCAGGCUAACCUCACAUUGUACAACGAGACGGUGACAUCAGCUCCACAAAAGGCCAUCUCGAGCUCAACGCAGGCUGACCACAAACCACCAGAGGGCACCAGCAGCUCGUCUACAUCGUCAGAGAAAUACACGGCACCAAUCAUUGCCGGCGGUGUUAUUGGUGGGCUCGUUGUCCUCACUAUCAUUAUAUCUAUUGUCAUCAAAGUGCGUGCCCGUGCUCACCGUGGGACGAACUUCACCGAUGACGUGGAGGUCACCCACGUGUACGGGGGUCACACGAGCCAAUAUCCGCGUGGUGCUGGAGUGGGAAGUGUUUGAUAUGAGGCCUGAUCAUCCCACUGCGUCUUUCAUUUGCUGCCUUUGAUUUUGAAAAAAAACUUAUAAACCUUUAUCCGCCCCAUUAUUCAUUAAAAAAUGCAGAUACUUUGUCAAAUUGUUAAAAAUAUUGCCUACGGUGCAUUAUUUCCAAGACACUUGUAAGAAUCUUGAUGAAAGUCAUUGCAAGUCUAGAGAGGCUCUGCUCCUCACAUCAAAGCAAAUGGUUGACCCUAAGAUGCUCCCUUGACCCAUCAACUGGAAAGUUCUGUCCACCCGGUGGCAAUUGGUACCCGAUUCAUCGCAAAAGCAAAACACAAGUGAGGGUUGGACUCUUCUGCAUACUGGGUGCCUGCACAGUGAGCCACUUACAGUUAAAAGGCCAUUGGACUAUGGGAUGUUGAUGAUCAUUUUUGUUUAUGCAAUGCUAUCUGCUACUUUGAUCAAUAAAAAUGUUUUCCCCAUUCCUUGCGUUCAUGUGCAUGCAGACACAAUCACAAAUGCUCAAACAUUUUAAAGUUAUGUUGCUAAAAAUGGGAUCUUAACGUUUCAUAUUUUAAUAAAGUUUUCAUACAUUUUA